AUGGAAAAUCCUAUCAAACGUGCAAUAAUGGCAAUCAAUCAAACAAUGUGUUCUCCGGGUGUUUCAAAUUUCGAGAAAGACGUAUUAAAAGAUAUUCGUUCUUCGUUUGCACAAUUGUCUGAAUUACGCGAUCCGACAAAAGAUAAUUGGAUUGAAUUAUUUUCGCGACAGUUAAAUCGACUUCUCAAUAAUAACAAUAAUAAGCCAUUUUCGUUUGAUUUUUGGACUGAACUACACAGAGAUAUUUUAUACAUGCUUGGAAACAAGAAUGAUCCAGAAAAAACUGCUUUUGGAGGAAGUUUUCACAAACGAAUGACAAUGGAAAAAGAAAUAAAGCAACGUGAAUUGAAAUUUUCUGAAAAUUUCCAAAAACAAAAGAAUUUACAACAAUUUCUAAAUGAACAUCAACAAUUCUUCGAAAUAUAUUUAGAAAACUGUAUUUCAUUUCAUUCCAAAUUACAAGUAGAAAAACUGUUUGACGAUAUGACAAAAUUUUCUGAAGAUUUUCUUGGUAUGAAAAAUGGGGUAAAUUUACAAAAGAAAUUCAACUGUAUUAAUAUAGAAUAUGAUUGUAGUGAUCGAAUUCUAUAUUCAUUCAAUUUUAAUCAUUUGAAAGAUAAUUAUUCAUUUCGAAACAUUGUCGAAGAUAUUAAUAAUUACUCACUAUUAAAAGAUUCAUCAAACUUACUUGUAAAAUAUUCUCGUAUGCGUUUGGUAGAUCUAUUAGAAAAAUAUCGAUGGAUUGUUAUUCUUAGUGAUCCAGGUAAUUCAAAAACGACUAUUCUUCGUUGGAUUACAUAUAGAUUUGCUCAAGCAGCUAAAAAUGCUUCUAAAACGGUAAAAUUUGAAGACAAAAAUGGUUCACGCGUUACACUUCCAGUUCGUAUUCCAAUCUUGAUUCGAAUUGGAGAAUUCAUUACAUGGCUCGAACAAGAUCAAAGAAAAACUUUAAUAGAUUAUAUCGGUGAACAUACUUGGUUUUCAAAAUGUUAUUGUUCUGAUGAAAAAAAUCGACAAAUAAUAUUGAAAGAAUUGGUUUCUCAAGGUCAUACUUUGAUUCUUCUCGAUGGACUUGAUGAAAUAUCAGAUACUCAUCAAAUAUCAAAUAUUAUUCGUUGUGUUGAAAAUUUUAUUAAAGAAUAUGUACUGUCAUCAGAUUUCAUUUCAGCAUUCGAUGAGAAAAUCUGUGAUACAAUUAAUGAAACACAACUACCGGCAAAAUCUAUUGGCAAUCAAAUUAUUAUUACAAGUCGAUCUACUAACUAUCGAUUUAAUUCAAUUAUGGGCCCUUUUAUUCAACAUAGUUUAUUGCCAUUGAUAGAUCAUGAAGAUGCAAAACGUUUAGUAUCUAAAUGGACGAAACAAAUUGUGAACAGUAUUACUAAUAUUUUAGAUGAAGAAAAACUAAAAUAUGAUCGAAACAAAAUAGAAAAACAGUUGGAGAAACGAGGUGCCACCAUCAAACGAAUAUUUAGAGAAAAAUUCAACUUUUUACGUUCAAAUACAUCAUUAUUAUUUUUAGUUGCUAAAUUAGUUCUUCAAUCAACUGAAGUCACCUUUUUUAGACGUCGAGUAGAUAUCUACUGUUACCGUAUUGAAAAAGAAUUAAAUUCAUGGAGUCAAUUUAAUCAAACUAUUCCUCAAGAUGCAGUAACUUACUUUUUAACUAAACUUGCCGUCUAUCUUCAUUUACAAUCGUCCAGUGGUCUUAUCGAUGGUUUUAACAUCGAACGAUUAUGCUGUUUAGUUCUCAAAGAACACAAUGUAUCGAGAGAUCGCAAUGAAUUGUGCAAGUAUACUGAAAGUAUCAUCCAUUGGUUAAAAUCGAACAUUGGAUUUGCAAGUGAAAAUGCUUUAAAUGUCUACAGUUUUCUGCAUUUAUCAUAUCAAGAAUAUUUUGUCGCAAUGGCUUUUGCAGAUGUUGAACAUUUUCGUAUUGAAACUAUUGUUCAACGUAUACUUUCAUAUGCUAUUUAUCCACGUUUUCGUGAAUCACUUCUCUUAGCUAUGGGUUUGAUUAGUUCGAAAUUAUCGCAAGAAAAAUAUGAUCAAUUUUGUGAACAUUUGUUCACGACAACUAUGAAUAACUAUUCGGUUCCAUUUGGAGUACUUUUAUUCGUCGAUUCGAUUCGUGAUCUACACAAAUUACCAUCAGAAGAAUUUCUUUUUCAAGCACUUAACGAAUUAUUUCGUCAUUCAUGUUAUUCUUUCUCAAAAAAAUACUUCAUUUCAAGUUUAUCGAAAUUAUUUAGAACUUACACUGAGAACUGGAUGCAAUCCUGUAUUACAGAAGAAAAUUCAUUGGAAAAAAUUUUGAAGUUAUGUCUUAUUGAAGGUGAUACAUAUCCCAAUAGAUAUAGACUAAAAGUAAUUUACGAAAAACUGAGAUCAUUCUAUGAUCCAAAUUCAUCGAAAGAAUUUUUCAUUGAUCAAAUCUUACGACGAACAUUUCGAAUACCAUUUGGAUUAUCUUUCGAUGAGAAUAUCAGUUCAUCCGCUACAGCUUUAUCACAUACUCAUCCGUUAAUCAUUUCAAUCGUAAGUGGAUUAUUUGGAGACAUGCAAUAUUUUCUUCGAAAACAAUCAAUUGAUUUUGAAAGUUUUAUUCUAAAUAUUCGAGUAAAAUCUUCGGUCUUGAAUUUAAUUUGUGUACAUUAUUUUUCUACCACGGAUCAACCAGAUUCAGUUAAAAUUGAAAGUCUUAUUCAAGAACUGCAAAAGGAACUAGAUAAUUCUUUGCCAACAGAAAUCUCUCUUGAUAUUGUUGAGAUUUUCAUUGCAUUAAUUUGUCUGCAAGGUGUAUCUCAACCAUUGAUCUAUGAAAAAUAUGCUCAUUAUAAAGCAUUAUCUCUCGCACUUGAUAAAUUUAAACAAACAUGGUUUUAUUUCAAACAAUCUAUUAUUUUUAGUAAAACCCAUGAUUCUUUCGAAUCGACUUUCACAUCAAUAUGUUCUCAAACAAAAUCAGUCAUGAAGAAUUUCUCAUUUCAUUCCGACAAUAUUGACGUUGAUUGUCAAUCAUUUACUAUUGCAUGUGCAUCAGCAUGGAAAAAAAUUGGGUUAUACAAUUGUACAGAGCGACAUGAAAAAUUUAAUACUCGAUUACAACCAAAUUUGAUUCAUCUUCCUUCGAAAGAAAUUUUAUAUAAAAUUCAUGAAAAAGCAAUUUUCAAUGAAAAUUUACUCUGUUUUCUACCACAAUCUAUGCAAAAACUCUUUUCUCACAUAGAAUUGCCAUUGGUUGUAUUCUUAUCACAAUGCUUAAUACAUUUAGAAGAUGUUACUAUGGAAAACUACUACCACUUUCUUGCUUUCCCAAUGUUAUGUAAAUUAUUCAUAGACAAUAAGUUAGAAAAUUAUGCAUUGAUUCUGUUUCGUGAAAAAUAUGCUAAUAUGGAUCACUUAACUGGAGAACAGAAGCAUUUUUAUUAUGAGAUGAAGAAAAAAAAGUUGUUCAAAUAUUUCCUAAAUAACGAAACAAAAGAUUACGAAAAAUUGGUUACAAUUGAACGUAAACGUAUUAAAGAAUCUCGAACAGAUGUUGAUUUUUUCGCUGCAUCGAUUUCUCUUGCACGAAUCUUUCAAAUUCAACACCGUGUUCGUAAAGAUAAAUUAUACGAUCCAAUCAAUCUCGAUGCUGAUAAAAAUCAAGAAAUCAUUUCUUCAACAAAAAAGAUUUCAGAUCCAAGUUUACGAAUUAUCGCUUUAACCAUUAUGUUAAAUAUGAAAGAUCCAUUAAUUGUCGACGAAGAACAGAGAAAUAACUUAAUACAAAACGAAAUCAUUCCUUUACUAAACGAUUCGCUGAUAGGUUGUUCACUCAUAUUAUUAACUUUUCUAUUCGUUCAAUCUCAUAAAAUACAUCAAUUCUUUCCGGAAUCAUUUCAGCAAACGAGCCGCACUAUUGUUGGAAAGUUAACUGCAACUUGGAGCGGUCGUAAACGAUGUCCCGAACAAGAAGCAGCAUAUAUUGCAUUGAAACAAUUAAAUGAUCCUUAUCUUUCACAUAAUCUAUUCAAAUUCGAAAAAAGAACAAAAGAUUUAUCUAAUCUUCUUCGUUUUAAUUCAACUAUAUUUCAUCGAUAUUUAUCUGCGAGAAAUACUUUUGAUCUAUCAGAUCAAAAUUUAUUAUCAUCGAUGUAUUUCGUUGAAUUAGCUUUUGAUUGUCAAAUUUUGAGAAUGUAUACUAAUAUUAGUCAGAAUAAUACUUUAGACUUAAAACAAUUAUGGAUGGAAUCUUCAAAAACUGAAAAAAUUAUGACAUAUAGAGUAGCACAAUGGAUUGAUAAUAACUUACCAACAUUGGAUCAGCAAGAAAUACAACAGAUUAUUGACGAUGUAUCGCAAUGUCUCAAAAUCGAAAGAAAAGCUUUGACAAUCAUUGCAAGUUGGCUCAAGUAUCGAAAGAAUAAAAAUCUAAAAUUUUUUACUCAUUAUGCAGCAUUACAAUUAAUUAUUCAUGAUUCAACAGAACCUAAUUUAGCCGAUAUAAUUGGUGAAAUGCUUGCUGCAAAACGAAAUCUUUUGAAAAAGAGAAGUUUUCAAGAAAAUUCAUUCUGCUCAUUAUUGAUCAAUUCACAGCAUUUUGGUAAAGUUCUAUUCGAUUUAAGAACAAAUAGUUUUUUUCUAUCAAUGAUAAGUAUGACCGUUAAUCGGCAAGAUCUCUUGAAAAUUAUAUUAGAUUUGGAAUUCGAACGAAUCACAUCGCAGACAUCAAAAUCUAGUAGAUCGUUUUUAUUGAUAAUUGAAAGUAUUUCAAAAGAUUUGCAAGAUUAUCUUAUAGAACAUCUUCAACAACAAAUGAUUGGCACAAGCACUACUAAACAAGCAUAUACCAUCGUCGUUAUCAAACGCCUUACUGAGAUAUCCGCGAGUUAUCGUAUAGAACAGAAUUAUCCAGAAAAAUUGUACGAUUAUAUUCUAGUCGAUAUGUUUCGUAAUCAACAAAUUCCUCAAACACAAAAAGUAAUUCUCUAUGGUCUUUAUUCAGCAUUUUUCUAUAAUGGUAUGGACAGACAGAAAAUAGUUCUUUUUAAUAGAGUACAAAAUUUUCUGGAAGAAAUUCUUUGUUCAUGGAUUACAUUUGAAGAAAAUAUUGUUGAUGCUGCUUUAUUAAUUUACGGAAAUUAUCUUUUAUGUUUUGAAGAAGCUCAAAUAAAUGAAAAAGUAUGCCAAGCAUUAGAAAACAUGCAUAAACAUUCCUCUGAUAGACGAUUUAUUCGAACUAGUAUAUGUUUGAUUAUAAUGAAAGAUUCUUGCAGAGACUACGAUUUCAUAAUUACAAACCUGUUCGAUAAUCAUGAAUAUGCAUACAAUAAUGAACAAAAAUACAAAAUAUUGUUACAAUUAACCUUAUAUCAAUUCAAUAAAUGGACAUCUGUUAGAAAGACAAAUGGCAAUGAUGAUGACGAAAAUAUAACUUCAAAUGCAUAUCACUUUAAUGAGGACAUAAAUACUAAGGAGAAAGUUUGUGAUUAUCUUAUAUUACAUUCGGACGAACUUCGUCCGAUAUUUAUCCGGGAUUUAUACGAUUUUUUAUGUAAGAACAACGAUUCUUCUGAUCUUACGUCUGUUAACUUGAUUGAUAUAGCAGUGGAAUUGAUUAGAAAAAAUUUAACUGAAUUCCUUAAAGCUAUUAGAAAAAGUCCUUAUGAUGAAGAGAAAUUUAGAACGCAACUUGAAUGUUAUUAUCAACAAAAUGCAAACAAUCGCAAAAUAUCCACUCUACGACUUUAUACAGUUUUCAAUGUAUUGACGAUUGAAUUUCUUAAUAUGAUCGAACAGUUUAUCGAUGAUGGUAACUAUGAAGAUGAAUAUAAUCAGUUGUCAUUCGAAUUUGAGCAAGUAUCAGAUCGAAAUACUGUAGAAAAAUUAUUUGAAUUGAUAUUGUCCAAUAAUACUACUGAUGAAAAAUUCCGUAUAUACUCAAAUAUUUUGUCUUCCGUUGCCCAUCCGGAUCAAAUAUCUUUGACUGAAAUACAUCAAAAAAUACAACUUAUUAACAAUGAUUCAUCUGACUGUGAUCGCGAAGAACAAAUGCUCAAUAUAUUACUCAAAUGUUGUGGCAUUAACAAUGAUCAUAUGUUAAUAGAAACGAAAAUUUUUACUAAAAAUGAUAUCGAGCAUGCAUAUAGAAGUGAUAUGGAAGAUAUUGACAAAAAUUCUAAUCUUUUUUCACAAGGAAACUAUCAUUUUAAAGAAAUAUUUUAA